UGAUAUUUUUAUGAUAUGAUUUACCACCCCGCCAGCUCUCUCCGAAGGCCAUGUUAACCGCGGGCCUUUCGCGCUUUCGCUUUGCCUCUUUCUGCUUUCAGCAACGACGACAUCAUUAAAAUCCGAAACACACCCACACAGUGGCGCUCGCUAGCUACCAACAGUACUGAUGAGUUCCCUUUCCAGACUCGUGAAAUUCAAUCAUGGGGUCGCUUGGCUCGUCAAGCUGCUUAUUCUCUCUCAGAUGUCAACGCACGCCACCGCCCAGAACGGACCGGGACUGCAGUCACAAGGGCCAUUCGCCGGCAUCGGUAUGUUCGACAAACGUAUUGUCUACGUCAUGAUCGUCCUCGUCAGCGUCUUGUUCGUCAUCGCCGUUCUCUCUGUGUACAUGCGGACCUGCACCGACCGGCGCAUCCGUGGCCGCGUCGACCUCGCCAUCGCUAUCGGCGGAAGCAGCCGACGCUCCCGCAUGGCGCGUGGCCUCGACGCGGCCACCAUCAGGACAUUCCCAACCUUCGUGUACUCCACCGUCAAGGGGCUCAAGAUCGGUAAGGGCUCGCUCGAGUGCGCCGUGUGCUUGAACGAGUUCGAAGACGACGAAACGCUGCGUUUGCUCCCCAAGUGCAGCCACGUUUUCCACACCGAUUGCAUCGACGCCUGGUUGGUCUCUCACACCACGUGCCCGGUUUGUCGGGCCAACCUGGUCCCCAUUCCCGGAGAGAUCCAAUCCACCGCCAUACUAAUUCUCGACCCGGAUAAUGACUCUGGUCAACCCGAUAACAGAUCCGAUACCGAUGGCACCCAAGCUCGGGUUGAUGAUAAUCAGAGCCGAGACAUAGAAUCUCCUAGCGUGAACUUGGUGAAUCAUGGUCCAAGGCCCAAUCAGAGCCGUCCGGUAAGGUCUCGGUCAACGGGGUUUGGACUCACCGGGAUAUUCCCGCGGUCACACUCAACGGGUCACUCGCUGGUUCAACCGGGCCAGAACCACGAGAGGUUUACGCUAAGGUUACCGGACGAGGUACGGAGUCGGCUUAUGAACUCGAGCUUGAACCGAUCGAACAGUUGCGUGGCAUUUCCUCGAGUGAGGAGUUCGAGGAGGGGUUACAGGAGUGCCAGUGGGGGCAGUGGGCGUGGAAGGAACUAUCUGUUCGCUCGGUCGGACCGGUGGCGACUUUCCUUUACGCCGACUUUCAUCUCGCGGACCGGUUCGGUCCAUUCACCGAAGCUGGAAAUGGACAACGUCGUGGGGGAACGCUCGUCUGAUCCGCUCCGGAGUCCGGCCUGAUGGUCAAACUUAGGUGGUUGCUGGUUUGGGUUACUGGGGGCUUGACCCAAGGAGAUUAGUGAUUACUUGUACAUUUUUUUUUUAUUUUUUUUUACAAGAUUUCUUUUUUAUUAAAUUAUUUUGAACUUUUUAAUCCGCGGAGAA